AUGUGAUUGCUGCUCGCGCGCGCAUCCACUCUCUCCAUCAUCACAACACACACCGGAAAAACAGCUGAUGUCAUGGAUAGAACGACACUGCGAUAAGGAAAUUACACACACGUACCGCGACUGUGAUGUCCAGGAGCUGAGUCUCUCUCUCUUUCUCCUUCUCCCUCCAUCUACUCUUCUCUCUCUGGCUGGUUUCUCCACCCCUCUGCGACCCGGGGAUGAACGCACCAAUGAGGAGCCUCACAGGUAUGCCUGAUCGCAUGUUAUGUGCAGUGCUGGAGCAAUUUCAGCUUUACUUUUCCCUUUGAUCCACUCCCUGUAUAGCACGGCCAGCCCCAGCAUGCUGAAGAGGAAGCAGAGCUCGCGGGUCGAAGCCCAGGCCAUGACAGACUUCGGGCCGGACGAGACCCUGGCUGACAGCGCCGACAUCUUCUGGAUCAACAAACCAUGGGUGCACACCCUGCUGAGGGCCUGUGCCAUCGUCAGCGUGAUCUCAGUGUGCAUGAACACCCCCAAGACGUUCGAGCACUACCCCCCCCUGCAGUACGUCACCUUCACCCUGGACACCCUCCUCAUGUUCCUCUACACCGCAGAGAUGAUUGCCAAGAUGCACAUUAGAGGAAUUAUCAAGGGGGAUAAUUCCUAUGUGAAAGACCGUUGGUGUAUGUUCGAUGGCUUCAUGGUGUUCUUCCUCUGGGUGUCCCUAGUGCUACAGGUGUUUGAGAUAGCAGAUCUGGUGGACCAGAUGUCUCCCUGGGGAAUGCUCAGAAUCCCCAGAGCCCUUAUCAUGAUCCGGGCUUUCCGAAUCUAUUUCCGCUUUGAACUUCCGCGCUCGCGCAUCACCAACAUCCUCAAGCGCUCGGGGGAACAGAUCUGGAGUGUGACCAUCUUCCUGCUCUUCUUCCUCCUCCUCUACGGAAUUCUGGGAGUACAGAUGUUUGGAACGUUCAACCACCACUGCGUCACCAACGACACCGAGAAAGGGAACGUGACGUGGAACAGCCUGGCUAUCCCAGACACCCACUGCUCCCCGGACGGUGAAGGAUACCAGUGUCCUCUGGCUUUCAAGUGUAUGGACCUGGAGGAGCUGGGUCUGAGCAGGCAGGAGCUGGGAUACAGUGGCUUCAAUGAGCUGGGAACCAGCAUUUUCACGGUGUACGAGGCGGCGUCCCAGGAGGGAUGGGUGUUCCUCAUGUACCGAGCCAUUGACAGCUUCCCCCGCUGGCGUUCUUAUUUCUACUUCAUCACCCUCAUCUUCUUCCUGGCAUGGCUCGUCAAGAAUGUCUUCAUAGCUGUCAUCAUUGAGACAUUUGCUGAGAUCAGGGUUCAGUUCCAGCAGAUGUGGGGGUCGAGAAGCAGCACCACCUCUACUGCUACUACACAGAUGUUCCACGAGGAUGCGGCUGGAGGAUGGCAGCUUGUAGCUGUGGACGUCAACAAACCCCAUGGCCGUGCGCCUGCAUGCCUCCAGCAACUGAUGCGCUCCUCGGUGUUCCACAUGUUCAUCCUGAGUAUGGUUGCCGUGGACGUCAUCGUUGCCGCUAGCAACUACUACAAGGGCGAGAACCAUCGGCAAAAGUAUGACGAGGUGUUCUACUUGGCUGAGGUGGCAUUCACCGUUCUGUUUGACCUGGAGGCCCUCCUGAAGAUCUGGUGUCUGGGAUUCACAGGCUACAUCUCCUCCUCCCUGCACAAGUUUGAGGCUCUGCUAGUGGUGGGCACCACCCUGCACAUCUACCCUGUUCUCUAUCACUCCCAGUUCACCUACUUCCAGGUGCUGCGCGUAGUGCGUCUCAUAAAGAUCUCCCCUGCGCUGGAGGACUUUGUGUACAAGAUCUUCGGUCCUGGGAAGAAGCUGGGCAGCCUGGUGGUGUUCACAGCCAGUCUGCUCAUCGUCAUGUCAGCCAUCAGCCUGCAGAUGUUCUGCUUCGUAGAGGAGCUAGACCGGUUCACCACCUUCCCCAGGGCGUUCAUGUCCAUGUUCCAGAUCCUAACGCAGGAGGGCUGGGUGGAUGUGAUGGACCAGACCCUGGUCGCCGUGGGAGACUGGUGGGCUCCUGUAGUAGCCAUCUACUUCAUCCUCUACCACCUGUUUGCUACCCUGAUCCUGCUCAGUCUGUUUGUGGCUGUGAUCCUGGAUAAUCUGGAGCUGGAUGAAGACCUGAAGAAACUCAAACAGCUGAAGCAAAGUGAGGCCAAUGCGGACACGAAGGAGAAGCUUCCUUUGCGCCUGAGGAUCUUUGAGAAGUUCCCCAACAGGCCGCAGAUGGUUAAGAUCUCCAAGCUGCCCUCUGACUUCACCGUCCCCAGGAUUAGAGAGAGCUUCAUGAAGCAGUUCAUUGACCGUCAGCAGCAGGACACCAGCUGUUUGUUCCGCCGUCUCCCCUCUGCCUCCUCAUCGUCCUGUGACCAUUCCAAACGCUCCGCCAUCGAGGAUAACAAGUACAUUGACCAGAAGCUGCGGAGGUCAAUAUUCAGCAUUCGAGCUCGCAACCUCCUGGAGAAGGAGACCACCAUCAAUAAGAUCCUGAGAGCCUGCACCAGACAGCGUAUGCUAAGCGGGUCCUUUGAAGGCCAGCCUGCCAAGGAGCGCUCCAUCCUCAGCGUCCAGCAUCACAUCCGCCAGGAGCGCAGGUCUUUGAGACAUGGUUCUACCAGUCAGAGGAUCAGUAGAGGGAAGUCUCUCGAGACUCUCACCCAAGAUCACUCCAGUACGGUGCGUUACCGCAAUGCUCAGAGAGAAGACAGCGAGAUCAAGAUGAUCCAGGAGAAGAAGGAGCAGGCCGAGAUGAAACGGAAGGUCCAGGAGGAGGAGUUGAGAGAGAACCACCCAUACUUUGACAAGCCUCUCUUCAUCGUGGGGCGAGAGCAUCGUUUCAGGAACUUCUGCAGGACGGUAGUGAGGGCUCGCUUCAACGCGUCUACAACAGAUCCUAUCACCGGAGCAGUGAAGAACACCAAGUAUCACCAGCUUUAUGACCUCCUGGGGCUGGUCACUUAUCUGGACUGGGUGAUGAUCGUGGUGACCAUCUGCUCCUGCAUCUCCAUGAUGUUUGAGUCUCCCUUCACCAGGGUCAUGCACGUGCCCACCUUGCAGAUCGGAGAGUAUGUGUUUGUGAUCUUCAUGAGCAUCGAGCUGAACCUAAAGAUCAUGGCUGAUGGCCUGUUCUUCACCCCAACCGCCGUCAUCAGGGACUUCGGAGGAGUCAUGGACAUCUUCAUUUAUCUGCUGGGCCUGAUUUUCCUCUGCUGGCUGCCCAACAACAUUCCCCCAGAGUCAGGUGCCCAGCUGCUGAUGAUGCUACGCUGUCUGCGGCCCCUCCGCAUCUUCAAACUGGUCCCGCAGAUGAGAAAGGUGGUCCGGGAAGUCAUCAAGGGCUUCAAGGAGAUCUUCCUGGUCUCCAUCCUGCUCCUCACACUGAUGCUGGUGUUUGCGAGCUUUGGGGUGCAGCUUGCCGGAAAACUCGCCAAGUGUAACGACCCACACAUCAGUAAACGGGAGGACUGCCAUGGAAUCUUCCGGAUCAAUGUGAGCGUGUCAAAAAACCUCAACCUCAAGCUGAAACCAGGGGAGAAGAAGCCAGGCUUCUGGGUGCCCAGAGUCUGGGCCAACCCUCGCAACUUUAACUUUGACAACGUUGGCAACGCCAUGCUGGCACUAUUCGAAGUGCUGUCACUCAAAGGCUGGGUGGAAGUCAGAGACGUCAUUAUUCAUCGUGUUGGAUCGAUCCACGGUAUCUACAUUCAUGUGUUCGUGUUCCUGGGCUGUAUGAUUGGCCUGACUCUGUUUGUGGGAGUGGUCAUCGCCAACUUCAAUGAGAACAAGGGUACAGCUCUACUGACUGUGGACCAAAGGAGGUGGGAAGAUCUCAAGAGUCGUCUGAAGAUAGCCCAGCCCCUCCACCUGCCCCCACGCCCAGAGACUGGCGGUUUCAGAGCCAAGAUGUAUGACAUCACCCAGCACCCCUUCUUCAAGCGAGGCAUCGCUGUGCUGGUGCUGGCGCAGUCUGUGCUGCUGUCUGUCAAGUGGGACGUGGAUCAUCAAGUGACCGUUCCCCUGGCCACCAUGUCUGUAGUCUUCAACUUCAUCUUUGUGCUGGAGGUGACAAUGAAGCUAAUCGCCAUGUCGCCAGCCGGGUACUGGCAGAGCAGACGCAACCGCUACGACCUGCUGGUGACAUCACUGGGGGUCAUAUGGAUAGUCCUCCACUUUGCACUAUUGAAUGACUACACCUACAUGAUGGGCACGUGUGUGAUCGUGUUCCGGUUCUUCACCAUCUGUGGAAAGCAUGUGACUCUGAAGAUGCUGCUGCUGACCGUGGUGGUGAGCAUGUAUAAGAGCUUCUUCAUCAUCGUAGGGAUGUUCCUCCUCCUCCUCUGCUAUGCCUUCGCUGGCGUGGUCCUCUUCGGCACCGUCAAGUAUGGCGAGAACAUCAACAGGCAUGCCAACUUCUCCACGGCGGGCAAGGCCAUCACGGUUCUGUUCCGCAUCGUCACCGGGGAGGACUGGAACAAGAUCAUGCAUGACUGCAUGGUGCAGCCCCCCUUCUGCACCCCAGACAAGCACCGCUACUGGGAGACAGACUGUGGAAACUACGCGGGAGCUCUGAUCUACUUCUGCUCAUUCUACGUCAUCAUAGCAUACAUCAUGCUCAACCUUCUCGUGGCCAUCAUCGUGGAGAACUUUUCUCUCUUCUACUCCACGGAGGAGGACCAGCUGCUGAGCUACAACGACCUGCGGCACUUCCAGAUCAUCUGGAACAUGGUGGACGACAAGCGCGAGGGGGUGAUCCCCACGUCCAGGGUGAAGUUCCUGCUGCGCCUGCUGAGGGGCCGGCUGGAGGUGGACUUGGACAAGGACAAGCUGCUCUUCAAGCACAUGUGCUACGAGAUGGAGCGCCUGCACAACGGGGGGGACGUCACCUUCCACGAUGUGCUCAGCAUGCUGUCGUACCGCUCGGUGGACAUCAGGAAGUCCUUGCAGGUGGAGGAGCUGCUGGCGAGGGAGCAGCUGGAGUACACCAUCGAGGAGGAGGUGGCCAAGCAGACCAUACGCAUGUGGCUCAAGAAGUGCCUCAAACGCAUCCGCGCCAAGCAGCAGCAGUCCUGCAGCAUCAUCCACAGUCUGCGGGAGAGCCAGCAGCAGGAGCUGAGCCGCUUCCUCAACCCCCCCAGCAUAGAGACCACCCUGCCCAGCGAGGACAACACACACAGCCGGGACCACCCCUCACAGCCUGAGCUGAGUGGACUACAGCAGCUGCUGAGCCCCACCCUGUCUGACAGGGGGGGCUACAGGCAGGACUCCUCCGAACUGGGGCGCCCCCAGAGGAAGCUGGGACAGUGGAGGCUUCCCGCAGGACGCACCAGCGUCAAGUCCAUGGUGUGUAAGAUGACCCCGGUUACCGACGAGGCCUCCUCUGGGUCAGAGGUCAAGAAGUGGUGGACGCGCCAGCUGACCGUAGAGAGCGACGAGAGCGGCGAUGACCUCAUUAACAUUUAGCGGGUCUGCACUGCGGUGUGAACCUACAGCAAACAUUGAAGGAAGGACCAAAACUGCUGCUCUCUAUCUGAACCAACACAAUCAGUCGAAGGACCAAAAAGUUACCUGGGGAGGAGAUGUGCUUCUCUGCUGUUUUUUGGGGGAUGUGUGUGUUUUUUUCGAGUGACAGACGUACUUUCUGUGAACCAAGAGACUGUGAAGGCUGAAAUGUCUGACAUCAGUUAGGUUACAUGUUCACUUCCUGUCUGACUGUAGACUCCACGUUCACUUCCUGUCAAAAUCCUUUAAGCCCCUACUCUGUUUCCUGUCUGACCCCUUGUAGACUCCACCUCCACUUCCUGUCUGACCCCUUUAGAGCCUUGCUGUGUUGUGGCUCCAUGCAAAACUAGUGUAUGCUGUUUUAGUCUCAGUCACUGUUGGGAUUCUAAAGGAAUGUUCUGGUAAGAAAAUUGUGUCUCUUCAAAGAGCCAUAGAAACUAUUAUAUCAGAUUUAUAAAGAGUCAUAUUAACUAGAUCAGAUUUAUAGAUUCCAAGGAACUUACAUCAAAUGUAUUUAAGACUUUCAUCAGACCUAAAAAAAAAAAAUAUGUUACAUUUUAUAGUAAGGUGAUGAAAUAAUAUACUUAUUUAUUAAAAUUAUACAUAUAGGUGAUUGUAUUCAAACAGCUUCUUACUGAUUAAUAUCAUUAUUAAUUUCUUAGCUGUAUGUUCAUGCGUUUGUACCCCUGUCAUGUGUGUCAAUGUUGAUUGUGCCAAAAUCCUUUGAAAUAUUUUAAAUGUUUUUUUUAAUAGUUUUUUGUAAUUUGUACUCAUGGUAAUCUGUUUAGUCAUUUAUGCUCAUUGUUGGGCGUGUGCAUUCCUAUCUAGUCACUUUACACCAAGAUGGUGAAUCCAGGUGUUUUUGCUUGGAACAAGCUUCAGUAGUUAUCUCAAGGAUAACGCCACCAUCUCACUACAGCAUAUUUUACUAUAAUGGAUUGAAUGUUCUGGCAACCUAACCAGAGCAAAGAUGUUUCAAAGCUCCUGCACAUUAGCCUAUCGGCAAUAAACAGUACCACGUCCACCCUGUUCAUUGAAGUCCAUAAAAAUAUUCUGUAGUGAGAGCUACCAGUAACUAGCAAUUGCAAAUAACGAAGAGUAGGAAGAUGUUGGCUACAUGGGCUGAGUCUAUGAAUCGAUAGGGGACCGUGAAUGUACCCUUAUAGAUGUAUUCAUGUGUAGGGUAUAAUAUAAUAUAAAUGAAAUAUAGUAUAUUUUGUAAAAUAUAUAAAUUCUUUUGGUUUAUAUGCACAGUGUUCAGUCAAUUCUAAUAAAGCUCUUACUAGAACCUAUUGAUAGACAUUGUAU